AGCAGUCGGCAGAAACACCAGACUCACGCAUACGGCACACCCCAAACCCCCUUCCCUUCCACAAUUCUACCCCUUCUAACGCUCCACUGCGCUCCAUCAUCUCACCCUCACCCCUGGAAAACGCAACCUUGGCCGCCUCGCUAGCGAGCUCUGGGAACCGCCCGCCCACUCUUCCCCUUGCUGACCCGCGAUAAGGCACGCAAUAGCUCCAUCAAUCGACCUUGUUCGCCGAGACCAGGUCCGCGCCCACUGAACCCGCCAGCUUGCGAGACAGAUCAAUUAAAAGUAGCACCCUCCCCAGUCGCCCGUCAUGGCUGAACACCAUCCACUUCCCGCGUUGCCUCCUCAGCACCAGCAACAGAAUCACCACUAUCACCAACAAGCCUCCGACUCAUACGACAACGAACAGGCUCAGUUCCCGCCUUAUCAGCAGCAAUACGACCAUCCCCAGCCCGUUCAACCCCCUCCCAACGCCCAGCAGCAGUCCCAAUCCCAAUCUCACCCCCAGAUUCAACAACCUCGUAGAGGCUCCAAGUCCCGGCCGAGAACCUUCAGUUUCCAGUCCAAUAAAUCCCACAAGAGUUCCGGGAGUCACCCUAAGAUCGACCUCCACGAGACACCCGAAGAGAAGGAAGCAAAGAGACUACACAGUAAAGCCGAUCCCACUGUCGCCAUGAGUGAGGCCGAACCUUCUGCCGUUCAGGCAAUGACCAAGACUUCCUUGGCUCCUCUGCGCGCCAUCCAGCACAAAGAUACGACCGGUGCCCCAAUUGCCGAACCCGACCGAUCCAAUCCCACACGUAGCCGUUGGGAACGACCCCUUGAUACCAUUCGCAGUUUCGAGGCCGCUAUUGACGGAGGCUACCGCGACCGGGACAGACGACAGUCUUACAUUCGCUCAGAUACAGAGUCGGUCGCAACGUGGAACAGACGCAGCAGCUACUAUGCCACCAGUGGAGGUCGCCACCCUCACGAUAGCUACUACAACGGUCGCCCGGGCUCGUUCCGUCCGGAGAGCGGUCAGAUCGAGAUGGGGUCCAACCGACAGAGUUACUACGAUCAGUACCAGAAUGGCGGAGGACACUAUAAUGGCGGUAACAACAUUCCUUAUCGACAGAGAGUUCCCAGGACGCAAACCGAUCCCCACAUGAACGGCUACGCACGCGGCGAUCAGAACAUCUAUCCCCUUCCCAACAAGGACCGCUCAUAUGAGACUGUCACAUCAGCGGCCGCAAGUGGAAGCUCAGGAGAGCAUGCCGGCUACCAUACCGACCCGACUAGCAGCGACAACAGCUCCAUCGAGCGUGGCGGCCCGGCCCGCAGGCCCGAACCCACCAACGACUACGGCAUUGGCUUCAAUCAGGACCAAGGACCUGCUCUAAGGCUCGACAAUGGCGCGCCGAAUGGAAAGGGGCAUGCCUAUCAAGCUGUGAACAAUGGAGCUCAGGCACCUCAGCAACAGAGCGCGAACGUCCUUCGGAGACCCGUGGGCGCCUCACCACCGCAACAGCAGCAACAGGCGCAGCCUAGACCCGCUGAGCCAGCCAAGAGGAAAAGCUGGUUUUCUAAGCGUUUUAGCAAAUCAUCUUGAAGAACAAAAGGCAUGAGAUAUGAGCUGGUUUUCGUUUUAACUUUGUCGAUACCCCCCAUUUUCUUAGAUUCUGGAUGUGUUAUGGCAUUCUCGGGCAGAGAUCGGGUUUUGCCUGAUAUUUAGCUAGUCUGGAGUUGCCAGCGCAUCCUUAUCCCCCCGAUGAGACGGCUUUUCCUACUUUGAGGAGGGCCGGU